CCGAUUUAUUUCCUUCCACUUGUUCCAAUCCGAUUCCGGCGAGACCCGAAUAGUAUGGAACAAGCUUCAUCAUCAUCUUCUUGUCCCAACCCGCAAACAGUUCAUUCACCCUCUAAUUGGGACCAUGACGUGUUCCUCAGUUUUAGGGGAGAGACCCGCAACAGUUUCACGGACCAUUUGUACUAUGCGUUGAAUAAGAAAGGAAUUGACGCAUUUAGAGAUACUGAAAAGCUUCAGAGGGGGAAAUCCAUCUCGCCGGAGCUUCUGAAAGCAAUCGAAGAGUCCAAGUUUGCGGUUGCAGUUCUUUCGCCUAACUAUGCAACUUCAACUUGGUGUCUUGAUGAGCUGGCUCAUAUUGUUCAAUGCAAGAAGCUGAGGGGACUGGAACUUCUUCCGGUUUUUUACCAUGUGGAGCCUUCUCAGAUAAGGAAGCAGACCGGCAACUACGGCGAGGCCUUUGCUGAGCACGAGAUAGAUUUCAAGGACAAUAUCACCACGGUGGAGAAUUGGAGGGAAGCUUUGAAGGAGGUAGCCAAUCUUUCCGGAUGGCAUGUGACAUGGGAUAGGAGAGAAUCAGAAGUUGUUCAAGAAAUAGUUGAUCAGAUUCUAUAUAUGCUUGACAAUGUGUUAUCUGUUCCUGAAAGAGAGUUAGCUGGAAUGGAUGCCCGUAUAAAAGAAUUAGAGGCUUGCCUGAAUCUAGAGUCAAAUGAGAUAUUUGCCGUAGGUAUUUGGGGGAUGGGGGGCAUUGGUAAGACUACUCUCGCAAAAGAAGUCUACAAAGAGAUUCACAACCGAUUCCACACUAGCGGGUUUGUUUGCGAUGUCAGAUUGCGAUCGCAAGUGGAUUAGCAGAA